AUGGCGAAGAUUAAGAAGAAGGGCACUUCUGGCCAGGCCAAAAACUAUAUCACCCGUACCCAGGCCGUGCGCAAGCUUCAGAUUUCUCUUCCCGAUUUCCGUCGCCUAUGUAUUUUCAAGGGCAUUUACCCCCGUGAGCCUCGGAACAAGAAGAAGGCCUCCAGGACUUCCACCCCGAACACCACCUUCUACUACACCAAGGACAUCCAGUACCUGCUCCACGAGCCCCUGCUUAACAAGUUCCGUGACCAGAAGGCCCUCGCCAAGAAGAUCGCACGUUCCCUGGGCCGUGGCGAAGUCAGCGACGCUGCGCGGCUCGAGAAGAACCACGCUCCGAAACUUACCCUCGACCAUGUCAUCAAGGAACGCUACCCCACUUUCAUCGACGCCCUUCGCGACCUCGACGAUGCUCUGUCUUUGCUGUUCCUGUUCGCCACCCUCCCCUCGACCGACCACGUGCCUCCCAAGACCAUUGCGCUCUGCCAGCGCCUCUGCCACGAGUUCCAGCACUACCUAAUUUCCACCAACUCGCUACGCAAAUCCUUCCUCUCGAUCAAGGGUAUUUACUAUCAGGCCACUAUUCAAGGCCAGGAUAUCAUGUGGCUUGUGCCCUACCGGUUCGUGCAGCGCGUCAAUGGUGAUGUCGACUACCGUAUCAUGGCUACCUUCGUGGACUUCUACACCACCCUGCUGGGCUUCGUCAACUUCCGCCUGUACUCCGGGAUCGGAUUGAGAUACCCCCCGAAGUUCGAUACCCGGAGCGAUGAGAACGGUGCGGAGUUGGCUGCUUUCACCCUCGAGGGUCGUAACGUGACUGAGACCCCCAAGGCGAUUGAGUCCGGUAAGACCAAGACGAUUGUUAGCUCGAACAAGGAGGUUUCGAAGGAAGUUCAGGCCAAGGUGGACAAGGCGAUCAAGGCUGCUGGCUUGGAUGAAACCAGGGAUGAGCCAAUGGCGGACACCACCGAGGAGUCGACCGAUGCCAUUGACCGUUUCGAGCCUGCUGCCCCCGAGGGCGACACUCUACCCCAGCCCGAUAUGAGCGGCAACGAGGCCGGUGCUCUUUUCGCCCCCUUCACCUUCUACAUCUCCCGCGAGGCCCCCAAGGCCCCUCUCGAGUUCAUUCUUCGUGCUUUUGGCUGCAAGCGCAUUGGUUGGGACGCCGUACUGGGCGACGGUGCCUUCACCCACGAUGAGACCGACCCGCGUAUCACUCACCAGAUUGUUGAUCGUCCCCAACUUCCCGAGGGCUCUCUCCCCGCUAUUCCCGCAGCCGCCGAAGGCGCUGCCCCGAAGGUGAAGCCGGGCACUCGGAUCCCUGGACGGACAUACGUCCAACCCCAGUGGAUUUGGGACUGCGUCAAUGACGGCAAGCUUCUCCGUGCUGAUCUGUACAGUCCGGGUGCUACUCUCCCGCCCCACUUGAGCCCUUGGGUCAAGCCUUCUCGCGGUGGCUACGACCCCCGCGCCAGCUUGGCUGAGCAGGAAGAGGAGGAUGAGGCUGAGAUAGCCGAAGAGGCCGAGGACAGCGAUGAAGAGAUGGAGGAUGAGGCUGCUGAUGAAGAGAAGCCCGCUGCCACCGCUGCCACCGCUGAAGAGUCCGAGGAAGAGUCUGUUGACGGCGGUAUGGAUGUCGCUGGAACUGAUGACGAAAGUGAGAGCGACGAAGAGGAAGAGGAAGAAGAUGAGGACUUCCCUGGAUUGGCGGAGGAAGUCGCGUCCGAGUCUGAUGAUGACGACGAGGCUGCCCGGAACCAGCACCAGCGCGAGCUUGAGGCUGAGGCCGCCGGCCUGCCCUUCUCUUCCGCCGGCGUCGCUGACGAGGCCUCUAAGAAGAAGUCUACCAAGUCGAAGAAGCUGGCUGCUAAGAAGCGCCAGGAGGAUGAGGAGCUUGAGCGCCAGAAGAUGAUGAUGAGCCGCAAGAAGCGCAAGCUGUUGGAGAAGAUGAUGUACUCGAACAAGAAGACGUCGGACGAGGCUGCCAAGCUCCGCUCGAAGCGUCGCAAGCUCGAAAAGGCUGGCCAAAAAUAG